AGUAUACUGUACUAGUGAACUAUUCAGUAUUCAGUUUUCUGCUAUGCACAAUCGUGGUGUUAUUCGAUGCGGUUAUGUUAAUUACGAUUUAGUUGAAAGAGUUUUAUUAUUUAUUUGUUAUGAUAAUUAAAAGAUAAAGUGAAGAUGAGUUCGUGCGAUGCGUUAGUGAAGUGUCGGCUGUGGUGCGAUGCAUUAGCUGCUAUUCCGAUAAACUUUGAAAGUUAAAUAGUUUUCAAUGUUUUACUGUGUGCUUUUUGUGCAAUAGAAGCUGCUAACAUGGGGAACUUUCGAUGUUGUUAUAACCUGGUGUUGUGGUUCGCAAUCGCGUAUCUGAUAGCGUUCCCUCCUCUCACAGAGACAAGGAUGGAAGAAAGUAUGGAGCCCCACCCAACAUCAACGGAAAAGCCGGAAACCGAGGCACCACGCAUCGAGCUGAAAAUGGGCAAAUGCUUCCACAUGUCCCGGGAGCAUUGUCCCACGGAACAGCGCUGCAAACGAGUGGACCCUGUGUCAGUCUUCUGUUGUGACGUUGACAGCUUCCGACUAAGAGAGGCUCUUGCUAUUACAAUGACCCAGAACACGACAAAUCUGCACGUGCUGAACGCGACGAUAAAGGAACUGGAUGUGUCACAAUCCACAUUUAGAAGACUCACUUCGAUGGCCCUCACUGACGGAAAUAUCGGCAAGAUUGUUGGUCAAUUCCCUAAGUACUCCUCGAUUGCAUGCCUGAACAUCUCCAACAAUAACCUGAGCAGCAUCACGCCGCAGCCACCAGGCCAGCGACCAUUCGCCUAUCUCUUCACACUGUCCAUACUCGACGCUUCGGCUAACAAUUUGACAGAGUUCCCGUUGAGCCUCGUACAGAGUAAUAGAAAGAUACAUGUCGACCUGUCAGGCAACAACUACCUGCCAUGCAAGCACUUCCAGAAGGCAAUGGAGGCUAACAACGGCUCUCUACUGCAGUUCCUUAACCACGAAAACACGUACUGUGCCCUCGACCUGCAAUUCAACUGGUUCCAGAACGUUCAGAUUGUUCAGAUUGACCACUUGCAAGUUCAGAAAGAUUUAAACAAGAGCUGCCAAGACAUAAAGCCGGCGAACAUUAACUGCACGUGCACGACAACGCUUGAGCUGGUGCUCCAUCGCGAGGCCACUUACGUAGUGGGGGUGGACUGCUCCCAGCGCGGUCUCACGCAGCUGCCCACCGGUCUACCCAAUAACACUGUUAAGCUGAAUGUCUCUUAUAACAACAUAACGUCUCUCCAAGCAAUAGCAGACGACGCGUCGUACGAUCACUUGCGAUGGUUGAUAGCAGACCACAACGACAUUGGCAGCAUUGUGGAGCUCGAGGGAUCCAAAUUCAUUGACAACUUCAGGCUCUUCUCCAUCACACAUAAUAAACUCAGAUCUAUCCACCCUUACGUGCUUUCGAACCGCCUGGAGACAGCCGGCGCCACCAUGCUCAUCGCUGAAAACCAUAUUCACUGCGACUGCAACACCGAGAAAGUUGUCAAGCCCUGGCUUCUCGAACAUAACACAGCGUUACUGGACUACAAAGACCUCUGGUGUGACAACAACAUGGGCCCUGUCGUGGAACUGAAAGAGUUCCAGGUCUGCCACACUCCGCGUGACUGGACCGACUACAUCUACUACAUCAUAGGGCUAGAGGCCCUGGUGUUAGCCCUUCUGAUUAGCAAGGUCUCUUACGACUACUGGGUGUUUAAGACCGCGGGAUACUUGCCUUGGCCAGCCAACAAAAUGCCCAGGUUGCCUUGCGAUUGGCUUUGCGAGUAAGACUUUCAGUGACGCAAUUACUAGUCUGACAUUUGUGUCCGUGGCUUAGGUCAGUUUAGCUCGAUUCGUCAAAUGCUUAUUGUAGUGACGUGUUUAAAUGUGAAUUAUUAAUCUUGUAUACAACAAUUAGUUACGAAAGAAUACAAAUUUGUAGUAAAAAGUGCAAUGCAAAACGUUUCGCAACUGCGUGGUUAUAUUUUUGUUAAUAAAAUUUGCCGCCUUUUGAACGACUGUGAUCGUUUCUUGAGUCUAAUAACAAUUGUAGACUAUAAGCAUUUGAAAUCUCAUUUCACGAGCUAAUUUUCGAAGAAAAGUAAUCGAAGUGCCUUAGUAAUAAUUCUAAAAUACAUUUUUAUAAAAACCGGCAAAAGACAACGAAUGCAGUGCCUUUUAAUCAAAUAUUUCGAAUUUAUUAAAGUAUUCUGAAUUUCUUUGAAGACGCUUUUGGAAAACCUUGCCAAUUUCGGAGAAUCUCGAAUAUUUUUUAAGUCGUAUCUCACAAAAUGAGAUAUUUGUUUUAUUUUGGAACUAAAGAUUUUAUUAGAAUGUUUUUCGUUUAAUAUUUAUUUUGUGGGAGACACGUUAUAAAUAAAUUAAUCAUUUAUUUGCCAAAAAGUGGUACAUUUAGAAUUUAGAUCGAUCAAUAAUAAAAAUCCGCACAAGAAAUCAGCUAUAUAAAAAUAGGCAUGCAAAUAUCAUUUCAAUUUUCUUUAAGUACAUUUCGUUACAUGUAUACUAGAAGUUGUCUCAGUCAUAAUAGUUUAUAGUACAUGAUAUUUGACUUUAAUCAGUUUUUUAAGGACACCAAUAAUCGUAGAUAAUAGAUCAAUCCAAUGACAUAGUCUAUACUCUACUUAUGUGGAACAUAACAUGAGGAUUAAUUAAAGUUUUCACUGCAAUUGUUUGAGGUAGUCGAUGUGGUAUAUUUUAAUUGUGCUUUAUGAGGCUAGAUUAUAUUUAUACAUUUUCCACCCCCAUUAAUAUCUUUUUAAAGUGUAUUUUACACACUUUAAUGUCAAAAUAGAAUUAAAAACUGUCAAAACGAAUUUACAGCCAAUAUACAAUAACAAUAGAUAAUUUGAUUUAUCUGUAAAAUGGUCAUUUAGCUUUUUGUUAUAUUUUGUACAUAUAGAUGUAAAAUUUUAGCAUAAUAGUUUAUUAUUA